GUAAUUUGUGAGAACUGUAUAAAGGCUGGAAUUACAAUUGAAGAUGCAGGGCAGCGUGCUGAAGGAUGUUUUUGCGGGAAACCUCGGGGAGCUAGAUGGCGUAACUGGUGCUCCCCACCUUUCAAAAACGCUGAGGGCGACAACACCCCCUUUCCUGACAAAAUUUCAUUUAAUCCACGCCGUUUGUUUUUCCAUUCCUUCGAUAACGAAAAUGAGAACCCAGUGGAACAAUUUCUUGAUUAUCUUCUUCACCAUGGGUCACAGCAAAUGCUAACAAUUUGUAUAGCACACAAUGGUGGAAAAUACGACUUUCAUCUAGUGCUUGAAGCUUUACACAGGCGCAAUGAGCCCCCAUCAAGAUUAUGUACAACGGGGCUUAAAAUAUAUUCAAUGAAGUUAGCGGGAAACAACAAAAGAAAAGUUUUAUUCAAAGACUCGCUCAAUUACUUCAAUUGUGAGCUUGAUGCUCUAACAAAAAUUUUUUCUAUGCCAGAAGAAGUAGCAACAUCCAAGCCUUUCUUUCCUUAUCUUUUUGUAAAAAGGCAAAAUCUUCAUGAUAGAAUUCGAGGACUUCCUCCACUUCAUCAUUAUCAGCCUGAAUAUAAAAAUUCUGUGAAAAGAGCAGCACUUCUCGAAUGGCACCAACAACAAUUAAAUGAUCGAAAUACAAAUUUCCAGCUCCGUGAACAACUAAUCCUUUAUUGUGCCAAUGAUGUUGCUAUUCUCCGCGAAGGAGUGCUACGAUUUCGACAGCUUAUUGGACAACACACGCAGAAGCUGGAUCCCUUCUUGGAAGCAUCAACUAUUGCUGGUCUAGCUCUCAUAACUAUGCGCAGAUGUUUCUUGCCUGAGAAUUGGCUCGUCCAUUCCCCUGAAGGAGGGUAUCUGAGAGGAAGGCGUGCCUCUGCUGAAUCGCAGCGUUACAUCCGCUUAUUCGAACAACAAAACCCUGAAGCAGCAGGAAAGGUUCAGCAUGCACAAUGGGCCGUGGGAGAAGCACACGUGGAAGACUGUGGGUAUAGAUUGGAUGGUCUUUGGCAACGAUCUCCCCCACAGCGCCCACUGGCAAUUGAAUAUAUGGGUUGUUACUUCCACGGUAUUUUAAAAUAG